AUGUCGCCCGCAAGCAGAGCAAAUAGAGAGUCCGACAGGAGGAAACUUAGACGGACAACAAACGCGUGUAUCAGUUGUCGACAAAGUAAAAUCAAAUGCUCUGGCGAGGAGCCGUGCGCGAACUGCCAACGGCGUUUAAUGAAAUGCGAGUACUCGGACGGGACCAACCCCAUGGUGGAUUCUCAGAGCGGUCUUGUGGUGCUGCGUUCGGAUCCGAUGACGAAGAUAGCAGUAACUAAUUCAAGAAAUCCAGACUCUCAGUCGCUUGAUCACAGGUCAUCUCAAAUGCAAGACUCUUCUGAGUGUGUGUACACAAGCCCUUUCACGCUGCCCUCUACGACUAUUAAAAACACCCACAAAAACAAGCGUAAUUGGAUCUGGCUAGCUCCAUCUUCAACAUGGUCUUUCACAGCCCGUCUCACCCUUAUGAUGGCCGAGAGACUUCAGGUGGAAACUCCGUUUAGUGCACCCAGCUUUCUAAACGAUGAGAUAUAUCCCUUGAGGUGGAAGGCCUCGACAGUAGAUGGGCAACCAGAUAUCAGCGGGCUUCCUUCCAUCGAUCAUGCCAUCUAUCUUUUCAAUACCGUGAAGUUCCAUCUUGGCCAGAAUUAUCAACUGAUUGACGAACUGAACUUCGUGAAGAAUCUGGAAGAGUUCUACUACGGUCUGGCAUCCAAAAAGGCAGCAGAGUCGCCUCUGUGGUUUGUUCAGUUCUUACUCGUCUUGUCCUUUGGACAAGCUUUCCUUUCACGAUCAAAAGACUCAAAGGAACCGCCUGGCGCUAAGUUCUUCGUUCGCGCCAUGGCCCUGCUCCCAGAGACCAACUCAUUAUGGAAAGACAGUCUGCUAGCAAUCGAGGUCUUAGCCCUGGCAGGUCUCUAUUUGUAUUCGAUCUAUCAGAGAGAAUCUGCUCAACUAUACAUUGCUCAAGCAAUUCGGAUAGCUCAACUGGAAGGCUUGCAUACCCAACUUCCCGAGGAUGCACUCGGGACUCAAGCGGUUUCUCGAUGCCGCAAUCUCUGGUGGACUUUGUACAUCAUGGACCGACACUUUUCCUGCUCUGUUGGAGUCCCCAUGAAUACUCAGGACGCCGACAUAACGACUGUGCUUGACCCACCGAGUAUAUGUUCGCCGCGUGACGCAACGCUCGGCCUCCAGGUCAAACUCUCGCGCUUGCUAUCGUCGAUCAUCACCACUAUUUACAGGUCCGAGAAAACCCCGCUUGGUGAAUUUCUGACUUCAACAAAGUCCAUACUUCACACGUUGGCUGGUCAUGCACAGGAAAUUGAGAGAAUAACUCGAUUCAAGUUCCAGAGCUCGGUAGUUACCAUGCCAAAAGGAACAAGAAGCAUUACCUUGCUCUAUCAUCAGUGUGUUAUCAUGGCUACGCGGCCCCUGUUUCUGUCCGCUUUGAAACAAGAGUUGGAGAACUUCGGCUGGGGUGGAGGAGAUCCACAGACGUUCUCGUCUCCCUUGAAGACACUGGUCUCGACGGGCAUUAAGUCAGCUGUGAAGACUCUACAAAUUUUGUCCGGGGAUGAUAGUUUUCUAGAAGUCUUCCUACCGUUUGAGCUUGAAUAUGCCUACGGAGCUGCCAUACACUUGACAAUGGCCACCGCACUCUUCCCAGCAGCAGUAGGCGCCGACGAACCGGCGCGAAUGCAGCAGACGCACACCAUAUUGGACGAUAUGGUUAGCAAAGGAAACUUAGUGGCCGAAGUUCGAAAGGCAGAGUUGGCCCAUCUAGAGACUCUUUUUCGCGAAUUCACUCGGCGGGUACGCGAACAAGACUUCGAAGGCAAUGUACCAACUGGGUUGAAUGAAGACAUAACGGAUCCGAUCACAACCCAAGCUUUGGUCAAUGAGCCUGACUUGGUAUCUACGACGACAUUGAGUGAGAUGCAACCGCUCACGAGCGUGUUUUCUGAUAACACACCAGAUAACACUGAGUUUCUCGAAACCAUCGGUAUCUCUUCGGACGAUUUUCUUUCAAUUGUAGAACAGAUGGGGAACGAAGAUGAUCUGCCAUUUUCAAUACUGGAUUUAGGACAUUUUUGGAAGUGA